UACACUCUUGGUAUGGACCUCGCCGGUAUUGUUGAAGACGUGGGCAGUGGAGUGAAGGACUUUAAGAUUGGUGACCGCGUUUACUCAACUCUAUCUGAAUGUGGUGCAUAUGCAGAUUACCAAGUGAGCGAGGAUCGCAACGUGUUCCACCUCCCAUCACAGCUGACUUUCCAAGAAGGUGCCGGUAUUGGUUGUGUAUAUUUCACUGCCAUUAGAUCUUUGUUCCACAUCGCCAACUGCAAAGCUGGGGAAACCGUUUUCGUUCAUGGAGCAAGUGGUGGUAGGAUAGCGUUCGUGCAGAUUGCACGUGCCCAUGGUAUGCAAGUAAUUGGUACAGCGGGAACAGCAGAGGGCAUGGAAAUUGUGAAGAAACAAGGAGCUCACUAUGUUUUCAAUCAUCGUGAGGAUGGAUACAUGGGAAAGAUAAAGGAAUUGACCGAUGGCAAAGGCGUUGAUGCAAUAAUGGAAAUGAACGCCCAUUUACAUCUCGUAACAGAUUUAGAUAUAUUGUCUAAUGGUGGCAGACUAGUGGUGGUUGGUAGAUACGGUAACAUAGCUAUCAAUCCCAGAGACAUUAUGCUGAAAGAAGCUAAAAUACUCGGAGUAAUGCUGCCGAAUUCUACUACAGCGGAACGGAGAGAUAUAGGUGCAGCCAUCAAUGACGGAAUUCAGAAAGGUUGGUUAAGACCAUUGAUAUGGAAAGAGUUUCCACUGAAAGAGGCCAGUGAGGCUCAUCGGUUAAUGGCAAACGGGCAUGGUGCUAAAGGUCGCAUCGUUUUGAAUAUGAUAUAAGAGGUUUUUGUAUUCGUACUCUAUAUUAUUACACCUCGUACUCGUAUGUUCCUGUUUGAAAAAGUGAUAUUAGUGAAAUAAAUAUGAGUAAUGUA